AAAGGCACUUUCCCUUAAAUUGUCCCAAUAAUCCCACGCGUGACGCGCCCAAGGGCGGGCCCGUGGCCGGGACCCCUCGUUGCCCCGUCGCCUCACGGCUUGCUGAGCCCGUUGGCGCCGGGUCAGACUUGCCCGUUAGCUCUGUGGGGCGCGGUUGUCCCUCCAUCCCUCCCUCCCCUGCCCGGGACGGGGCCCGGUUCCACGCUGAGCUGCUGUUCUGUCGUCUCUUUCAAUUCCAGCGUGCCCUCCAUCAACCUGACCAGCUGCAAGUACGAGAGCGGUAAGUCCGGGGUGCUGCAGGGGGUCCCUGCACAUCAGCCCACCGACGCAAGCUGCCUGGGUACCCGCUCAGCCAGGGAGGAGCGCUGGUGCCAAAUUUCUACCACGCAGUCACUUUUGGUUUGUGCAUUUAUUGGUUGCAAGCGACUCGGGCCUCUGCGGAAAGCCUGGAGUUGGUCCCGCUGUGGGCCGAGGUGCCCUCUGGCUUCAAGAGACACAAAAUGUGCAACAGCGGUGCCAGCCCUCGUGUCCCCCCCCGUACGGCUGCAUUUGCCGCACAUCUGCUGAAACUGGUGAGAAAGGUCUAGUUUGGGGCAGUCACAAUGCAAGACUGUGCCUGGGGAAACGAGGCAAGAGCUCUCAACUCUUUAACGUAAAGCUGGUGAUGGAACAGGCAUAUCAGUGCCUGGAACCUCUCCCUUUGCCGUUCAUCUCCAGUGACCUGCUCCAGGGAGCUGGGCCACCCUCCUGCCUUGGUGGUCUUUGCUGCCACAAGCUGUAUCUUAAAAGAAUAGACUCCUAUCAUUUGAUGGAUGUAAUUAGCCAAUUUGCUAACGACUGUUCUAGCAGCGCAACCGCGUUUGCGCUGUUGCAGGUCACAGCCUGGCCAGCUGCGCGAGGAGCACUGGUUUUGUGCAGAGGAGCAGGCGCUGCGUGUUUCACCCGGGGCCGUGCUCGGGCAGCGUGGGGACGGGAGGCGGAUGGGGAGGUGGUAUGGCAGCGCAGGUGCCCCGGGAACCAGGACCGUUUCACAAGGGUUCCUGGCGUGCGCUGGCUUUCAUCGCCUCCCCAGCCCUGCGAGAGGCCACAUUCAGAACUGGCACUAACACGAACCAUCCCAGCAGCGACCUUCUGCCCCAGAGCUUGUGUGUUCUGCUGCCAGGUAGCUUUUCAUUCCAAAGAUGAAACUCUUCAGAAGAUUUUUAUGUGCCCAUGUGGUGUCAGACCCAUGGCAGGUUCAAGCCUGCUGUAGUUCCGGGGGUGCUCUGGGACCCCACGGCAUGCAGACUUAUGGGGCUGAUAGCUCCUACUGCACCUGCAGGCAGCAGCUGGGGUGAGUUUAGCCAGGUAAAGCUUGUGUUUUGGAGGCCUCCUGAAGGGUCCCACCAAUACCUUGCAUCUCUGAGCGGAACUGCAGCCUGGAGAGCUUUGUCCCAUGCUCUGUCCCUGGUUACCUUGGGGAUUUAACGGUCCCCAGUACUUAAUAUCCUCUGCCUGGUGCCUUGUCAUCUGCUUGCUUUGGUACAGUGCGGCGGGCGGCACGGUGCUGUGGGCUGAAAGAAGUGGGAGAAAAUGAGGAGUGGACAGUGUAUUGGACGGACUACUCUGUCUCUCUGGAGCGUGUCAUGGAAAUGAAGCGGUUUCAGAAAAUCAACCAUUUUCCAGGCAUGAUAGAGAUCUGCCGUAAGGACUUGUUGGCUCGCAACCUUAACCGCAUGCUCAGGCUCUUCCCCAAGGAGUACAAUAUAUUUCCCCGCACUUGGUGCCUGCCAGCUGACUAUGGAGAUUUCCAGGCCUACAGACGGGCGAGGAAAACCAGAAUGUUCAUCUGCAAACCAGACAGUGGCUGCCAGGGGAGAGGUAUCUUCAUAACACGUAAUCCAGACGAGAUCAAACACGGAGAGCAUAUGAUCUGCCAGCAGUAUAUCUCUAAGCCUUUCCUGAUCGAUGGCUUUAAAUUCGACAUGCGUAUCUAUGUGCUGGUCACAUCUUGUGACCCACUGAGGAUUUUUGUCUACAAGGAGGGUCUGGCCCGGUUUGCUACCAUGAGGUACAUCGAUCCCAGCAGCAGAAACCUGGAUGAUAUCUGCAUGCAUUUGACCAACUACGCUAUCAACAAACAUAAUGAAAACUUCAUCCAGGAUGACAUGAUGGGCAGUAAGAGGAAGCUGUCCACCCUGAAUGCCUGGAUGAUGGCUAACAGCUACAACACAACAAAACUCUGGGAAGAUAUUGAAGAUAUUAUUAUAAAGACUCUUAUUUCAGCUCACCCUGUUGUGAAGCACAAUUACCAAAGCUGCUUUCCAAACCACACUACUGGCUGUGCCUGCUUUGAGAUACUGGGUUUUGAUAUUUUGCUAGACAGAAAGUUGAAGCCUUGGCUCCUAGAGGUGAACCACUCUCCCAGCUUCACCACAGACUCUCGCCUAGACCGUGAGGUGAAGGACGCUCUUCUCUGUGAUACCAUCAACCUGAUAAAUGUGCACGCCUGUAACAAAAGGAAGGUGCUGGAGGAAGACAAACAGCGGGCAAAAGAACGGCUCCUCCAGGCCCAUCAGACUCUCCGCGCAUCCAGACGCGAGGAGUUAGAGAGCAGCCAGGCUGCCUGGCUGUCUCAGGCAGAGAAGUACGAGAACUCGCACCUGGGCGGUUACCGGCGCAUUUAUCCAGCAGGUGGAACAGAGAAGUAUGAGCCAUUUUUCAAGCAGAGUGGCUCCCUCUUCCAGGAAACAGCGUCAUCCAAAGCACGAGAGGAGUGUGCCAGGCAGCAACUGGAGGAAAUUCGCCUGAAGAAAGAAAGGUUGGAAGCUGUUACCAGGAAGAAGAAAACAGAGAGGAAAGAUGACCUCCAUGGAGAGUCAGCUGGGGACAAAUCCCAGAUCCAUAAUAAAACCACAGCUCCCACAGCCCACCUCACCUAUAGAAGCACCAGGUCGUGGGACAGAAAGGUACAGUGCAUGCAGUACAACUCUAUGCAACCCCAGGAUAUUGUUGAAGAUGAGGAAAAGAAAAGAGUAAAUGCUCUUCUGCGGCGUGAGAACCUCAUCCGAGGCCUGGGCAUCGCAGAUCAGCUCUCCCAGCUGCUCCCCACAACCGAUAGACCAGCCAACACCCAGAGAUCCUGCACCAUUAUCUCCAAGAGACAGCCGCAGUUUCUCUGGGAUGCGCUCGGGGGCCAGGAGGCCCAUCGCUUAGUGACGCUCAUCCCCCGCUCGCUCCUGGGAAGCCCACUCCGGCCUUUGGCAUGGCAGCUCGUACACAGCCCCAGAGCCAAGGCCGAGCUGCCGGCCGGCCCGGGCUCGGAUCCUGCCGCCACGGGCUCCCUCUUGGUUCGAGGCCAGAGCAUCCCUUACCAUGAGCAGCGCAAGGUGCGGCAGGGCCUCCGGGCACAGGACGCGGGCUGGCUGCGUAUCCAGGCAGCAGGGACAGCAGCGCUUCCCCAGCCCUGCACCGAACCCAGGGCGCUGCAGGUGAGAGGUCACCGGCUCCCUGGUGCUGCAAACAAGGCUGAAGGCCGGGAAGAUGGCAGGCUGUCCUUCUGUGCAAACAGCUAUCACCCAGGGUCCCCAGCCAGCGUGGGGAAGGCCACAGGCGAUGCCACCUUCAGCCCUCCCGCAGUCCGGGAGCUCCCCGUCACCUCGGCCACCCACGGGCCGCACACGUGUGCCUUGCACCGUGCCAGUGCCUCGCACGCUCACGGCAUGAAAAGCACAGGGCGCGGCGGCGGCGGUGGGCGGCGCGGCUGCGGCGGGAGCUGGGCGGGGGGCGCGGCGCCCCCGAGCGCACCCUGACCUGGCAGGCGAUGGAGCAGAUGCGGUUUCUACGGCAGGAGCUGCCCGAGGAGUGGCCGCUGGAGCGCCUGGCCCAGGGCUUCGGUGUCAGCGUCGACGUGGUGCGGCGGGUGCUGCGGGGCCGGGGCUGCCCCCCGCCGCGCCGCCGCCAGCGGCAGGACGAG